AUGCGGCCACCGCCCUGCCGAGCGCCGCUCCCGCGCGCCCUGAUGCUGCUGGCCGCGCUGCUGGCCGCCGGCCGAGGGCUCCCCCUGAGGAAGCGGGGUCCCGGGGGCCACUCGAGGAUGGCGGAGGCCUCACCUGCCCCAGCUCUCAGCUCCCCCAAAGAUAAGGAGGCAACACCAGGAUUCCCCAAAGACCAUCUGCAGGCAGAACCAUGUCAGCCCAGGUGCCAGACCCUCCCUGAGCCAGCAGCUCUGACUCUGGGCACAGCCACCCCUGCCAGAACCCUGGAACACACACCCCUGCUGCUGGAGCUGCAGAAGCUGCCAGGAUUGGCCAACACAGACUUGAGUGCCCCGAAUCCCAAUAUCCAGGUGACCAUCGAGGUGGUGCAGGACCCCCAGGCCGAGGUGGAGAUGGACCUUCCUUCUGAGCCCAGCAGUCUCUGGCCCCUGCGAGCCUCUAGCUGGUUACCCACCCAGGAGUUCUUCUGGCCCCUCUUCUGGGGCUACCAGGAAGGUGAAGAAGAAGCCACCAGCCUCAAGGACGUAGCUCCGGGGGAAGCAGAGGAGGAAGAGAAAGACUAUGCUGCUGAAUAUGGCGAGGGUGAGGACCAAGAGGGCACUGAGGAGGAUGAGGAUGAAGAUCCUUGGUCCAGUGGGGCCACAGACAAUUGGGACUAUGGCUGGUUGGGUCCUCAGGACCGGGACUUCAAGGAACCAGACAGUUACGACUAUGAGCCUCAGGAAGAGUGGAGCACCUGGUCUCCCUGCAGUGGGAGCUGCAGCAGCGGCAACCAGCAGAGAACUCGUCCCUGUGGUUAUGCCUGCAUGGCCACCGAGUCCCGAGUCUGCGACCUACCACCCUGUCCUGGCACCGAAGAGGAGCACAGCCUGGGCUCUCCCACUGAGGGGUGGCAGCCCCUGGCCCACAAUGCCACGGAUAUGCUUGAUCCAGAAGUGGACAGCUGUGAGAAGUGGCUGAACUGCAAGAGUGACUUCCUUGCUAAGUACCUGAGCCAAGUGCUCCAGGACCUGCCCAGUUGCCCGUGUGCGUACCCCCUGGAGGCUGUGCACAGUGCCGUGAGCCUGCAGGAUGAACAUCGGGGCCGCAGCUUCCGGUGGCGGGACGCCAGUGGCCCACGGGAGCGCCUGGACAUCUACCAGCCCACUGCACGCUUCUGCCUGCGCUCCAUGCUAUCGGGCGAGAGCAGCACACUGGCUGCCCAGCACUGCUGCUACGACGAAGGCAGCCGGCUGCUGACCCGCGGCAAAGGCGCGGGAGCUCCCGACCUAGUCAGCACCGACUUUUCACCUGAGCUGCACUUCAAGGUAGAUACGCUGCCAUGGAUCCUGUGCAAGGGGGACUGGAGCCGCUACCACACUGUGCGCCCCCCCAACAAUGGCCGGGCCUGCGCAGACAACCCACCAGAGGAAGAGUACCUGGCUCAGCUGCAAGAGGCCAAAGAAUACUGAAGAGGGAUCAGAGACUACUUUCUUCUGCCCUUUACCCUGC